GACUAUUCCCCCCCUUUUCCGCGCCCCAUGGAGGGGUGGCUUUCGAAAAGGGAGGCGGGGGCGUGACGGACAAAGGCUGCGACGGCCGGAGGUGGAGGCGGCAGGCCAGAGGACCCUGAGGGAUGCCCAAAAAGUUCCAAGGGGAGAACACCAAGUCGGCAGCCGCCCGGGCGAGGAAGGCGGAGGCCAAGGCCGCAGCUGAUGCCAAGAAGCAGAAAGAACUGGAGGAUGCCUUCUGGAAAGACGAGGACAAACACGUCAUGAGGAAGGAACAGAGGAAGGAAGAGCGCGAGAAACGACGCCUGGAGCAGGUGGAGCGCAAGAAGGAGCUGCAGCGCCUCCUGGAAGAAGAGGAUGCCAAGCUGAAAGGGAAGACGCCCAAGCCGCUGCCCCCGGGCAAAGUCACCCGGGCUCAGAUCGACGAGGUGCUCCGGAAAGAGCAGCAGAAGGAGAACGGGGAACCCGGAGAGAAGCUGAAGAGUCACCUUGAGAUGCCCUUGGAAGAGAACAUCAACCGCAGGGUCCUGGAGGAAGGCGCUGUAGAGGCACGGACCAUCGAGGAUGCCAUUGCGGUGCUCAGCGUUGCCGACGACCUGGACCGCCACCCCGAGCGCCGGAUGAAGGCCGCCUUCACGGCUUUCGAGGAGGUCCAGCUGCCGCGGCUGAAGCAGGAGAACCCCAACAUGCGCCUCUCGCAGCUGAAGCAGCUCCUCAAGAAAGAGUGGAUGAAGUCGCCCGAGAACCCCAUGAACCAGCGGCACACGGCUUACAACAGCCAGAAAUGAGACUGGUGAAGCCCCCCAUGUGUGGGCCCGGGAAGUGGUGCAGGGAGAAAGAGAGAGAGAGACCACCUCCUUUUUCCGCCCCCCAACACUGAACCGCCUUUCAAGAACAGCCAAGGCCACCGUGGUCCCUCCAAGCUCCGCUCUACGGAUUAAAAUUAAGGUGCAACUAAA